GUGGCAUCUGGAAGCUAAACCCGUAAAUAUAAAAAAAAAGCAGCGCGAAUAUAUUACAUUUCUUUUUGGUCACGCAUUAAGUUUAUUACGGUAUUGCGGCAUUAUGGGAUUGGUGAGAGCUGCAUGUGUAGUUCUUUCUGGGAGAAUUUCAACCAUGACACAAAACAAAUUCAUUGACAUCGGGGUGAAUCUGACAGAUCCCAUGUUCAGAGGACUCUACAGAGGGAAGCAGAAACAUGACGAUGACUUCAAUGAGAUCAUUGACCGAGCUCUCAAAGUAGGAGUUGAAAAGUUUAUGAUCACAGGGGGGAGCCUUGACGACAGCAGGGAAGCUCUUAAACUAGCUGAGACCAGAGAUGAGUUCUACUGCACGGUCGGCUGCCAUCCCACCCGGUGCGGCGAGUUUGAGCAGAAUGGAGAAUCCCAGUAUUUAACUGGGCUGAGGGAGCUGGCAGCAGCACACAGAGGAAAGGUGGUGGCCAUCGGAGAGUGUGGACUGGAUUUUGACAGGCUGGAAUUUUGCUCAAAAGAAACUCAGCUCAAAUACUUUGAGAAGCAGUUUGACCUGGCGGAGGAGACCAAGCUGCCCAUGUUCCUCCACUGCAGAAACUCCCAUCAGGAGUUCAUUGACAUCAUGAAGAGAAAUCGAGACCGAUGUGUUGGAGGAGUGGUCCACUCGUUUGAUGGAACUGCAGAAGAUGCUGCUGCUCUCAUUGACCUGGACCUCUAUAUUGGAAUAAAUGGAUGUUCCUUGAAAACAGAGGCCAAUAUUGAAGCUAUGAAGUCGAUCCCCACAGAGAGGCUCAUGAUAGAAACAGACGCCCCGUGGUGUGGUGUGAAGAACACUCAUGCCGGGUCCAAAUGUGUUAAAACUACAUUUCCCACAAAGAAGAAGUGGGAGGCAGGACACUGCCUGAAGGACCGGAAUGAGCCCUGUCAUAUCAUACAAGUCCUGGAGGUGAUGGCAGCAGCGAGGGAGGAGGAUCCACUGGAGCUGGGCAACACAAUCUAUAACAACACUGUCAAAGUCUUCUUCAGCUCAAGCUGAUAAUAAAUGACAUCAUCAGACUCACCGAUGUGUCAUUAAUAUUCUUUUAUGAAUCUGUUUGUGCGCCUCAGGACAAACCACUUAUACUGUUAUAUUAUUUGUGUUUACAGUCCUCUGUUAGUGCACAAUAAACAUAUUUUUUUCAUAAGGAA